AUGAAACACCGGGUCGUCGAAGAAGCUCCUGAGAAGGUCGAGAUCACGCAAAUACGCACCGAAAGUGGUGAUGUAAAGAAGGUCAAAACAACCAAGCGCGUCAUCAAAAAGGGUCCAAAAGAACCAGUUACCGAAAUCACAACAAUCGAAAAAGAGGGUGAAGAACCCAUCACCACAGUGACGGUUGCCCCAGUGCCAGAGGAGGAUGAUCAGAUAACACCAGAAGAAACCAUUGAGCUACCAGAAGAGGUAGCAGAACAAAGCGAAACGACGCCCGAAGGUAAGACAGUCACAAAGAAAACUACCAAGAGAAUCAUCAAGCGUAAGAAGGGACCACUUACAGAAACUACACAAAUCACCACUGAACAAGUAGACGAUGAAACACCUGUCAUAUCUGUACACACCACACAAGAAAUUACUGAUGAUACAACUACACCAUUAGACACAAAACACACACCUGAGAAAGCUACGGUCGUCGAAGAAGCUCCUGAGAAGGUCGAGAUCACGCAAGUGCGUACCGAAACUGGUGAUGUAAAGAAGGUCAAAACUACCAAGCGCGUCAUCAAAAAGGGUCCAAAAGAACCAGUUACCGAAAUCACAACAAUCGAAAAAGAGGGUGAAGAACCCAUCACCACAGUGACGGUUGCCCCAGUGCCAGAGGAGGAUGAUCAGAUAACACCAGAAGAAACCAUUGAGCUACCAGAAGAGGUAGCAGAACAAAGCGAAACGACGCCCGAAGGUAAGACAGUCACAAAGAAAACUACCAAGAGAAUCAUCAAGCGUAAGAAGGGACCACUUACAGAAACUACACAAAUCACCACUGAACAAGUAGACGAUGAAACACCUGUCAUAUCUGUACACACCACACAAGAAAUUACUGAUGAUACAACUACACCAUUAGACACAAAACACACACCUGAGAAAGCUACGGUCGUCGAAGAAGCUCCUGAGAAGGUCGAGAUCACGCAAGUGCGUACCGAAACUGGUGAUGUAAAGAAGGUCAAAACUACCAAGCGCAUCAUCAAAAAGGGUCCAAAGGAACCGGUUACCGAAAUCACCACAAUCGAAAAAGAGGGUGAUGAACCCAUUACCACAGUGACGGUUGCCCUAGUGCCAGAGGAGGAUGAAACGACACCGAUAGAGACCGUUGAGCUGCCAGAAGAGAUAGCAGAAGAAACUGAAACUACACCAGAAGGUAAGACAGUUACAAAGAAAACGACAAAGAGAAUCAUUAAGCGUAAAAAGGGACCGCUUACAGAAACUACACAAAUCACCACAGAACAAGUAGACGAUGAAACACCUAUUAUUUCAGUACACACCACACAAGAAUUACAUGAUGACAUCACAACACCUAUAUUGGAUACACACACACUUGAAUCUGCUAGGGUCGUAGAGGAAAGUCCCGAAAAGGUAGAGGUUACUCAAGUACGAACUGACACCGGUGAAGUUAAGAAGGUCAAAACUACUAAGCGCCUAAUUAAAAAGGGACCUAAAGAACCGGUGACUGAAAUUACAACAAUCGAAAAAGAAGGUGAAGAGCCCAUCACAACAGUUACGGUUUCCCCAGCACCUGAGGAAGAUCAAACGACAACGAUAGAGACCGUUGAGCUGCCAGAAGAGAUAGCAGAAGAAACUGACACUACACCAGAAGGUAAGACAGUUACAAAGAAAACUACAAAGAGAACCAUUAAGCGUAAAAAGGGACCACUAACAGAAACUACACAAAUCACCACAGAACAAGUAGACGAUGAAACACCUAUCAUUUCAGUACACACCACACAAGAAUUACAUGAUGACACCACAAAACCUUUACUGGACACACACACACCUGAAAUUGCUAGAGUCGUAGAGGAAACUCCCGAAAAGGUUGAGGUCACUCAAGUACGAACUGAUACCGGCGAAGUCAAAAAGGUCAAAACUACUAAGCGCGUAAUCAAAAGGGGACCAAAAGAACCGGUGACUGAAAUUACAACAAUCGAAAAAGAAGGUGAAGAGCCCAUCACAACAGUUACGGUUUCCCCAGCGCCUGAAGAAGAUCAAACGACACCGAUAGAGACCAUUGAGCUGCCAGAAGAGAUAGCAGAAGAAACUGACACUACACCAGAAGGUAAGACAGUUACAAAGAAAACUACAAAGAGAACCAUUAAGCGUAAAAAGGGCCCACUAACAGAAACUACACAAAUCACCACUGAACAAGUAGACGAUGAAACACCUAUCAUUUCAGUACAUACCACACAAGAAUUACAUGAUGACACCACCAAACCAUUAUUGGACACAUACACACUUGAAACUGCUAGAGUCGUAGAGGAAACUCCCGAAAAGGUUGAGGUCACUAAAGUACGAACUGAUACCGGCGAAGUCAAAAAGGUCAAAACUACUAAGCGCGUAAUCAAAAAGGGACCAAAAGAACCGGUGACUGAAAUUACAACAAUUGAAAAAGAAGGUGAAGAGCCCAUCACAACAGUUACGGUUUCCCCAGCGCCAGAGGAAGAUCAAACGACGCCGAUAGAGACCGUUGAGCUGCCAGAAGAGAUAGCAGAAGAAACAGACACUACACCAAAAGGUAAGACAGUUACAAAGGGAAUCAUUAAGCGUAAAAAGGGACCACUUACAGAAACUACACAAAUCACCACCGAACAAGUAGACGAUGAAACACCUAUCAUUUCAGUACACACCACACAAGAAUUACAUGAUGACACCACAAAACCUUUAUUGGAUACACAUACACUUGAAUCUGCUAGGGUCGUACAGGAAACUCCCGAAAAGGUAGAGGUCACUCAAGUACGAACUGAUACCGGCGAAGUCAAAAAGGUCAAAACUACUAAGCGCGUUAUCAAAAAGGGACCAAAAGAACCAGUUACCGAAAUUACAACAAUCGAAAAGGAAGGUGAAGAGCCCAUCACAACAGUUACGGUUUCCCCAGCGCCAGAGGAAGAUCGAACGGCACCGAUAGAGACCGUUGAGAUACCAGAAGAGAUAGCAGAAGAAACUGAAACUACUCCAGAAGGUAAGACAGUUACAAAGAAAACUACAAAGAGAAUCAUUAAGCGUAAAAAGGGACCACUAACAGAAACUACACAAAUCACCACCGAACAAGUAGACGAUGAAACACCUAUCAUUUCAGUACACACCACACAAGAAUUACAUGAUGACACCACAAAACCUUUAUUGGAUACACAUACACUUGAAUCUGCUAGGGUCGUAGAGGAAACUCCCGAAAAGAUAGAGGUCACUCAAGUACGAACUGACACCGGUGAAGUUAAACAGGUCAAAACUACUAAGCGCAUAAUCAAAAAGGGACCAAAAGAACCGGUGACUGAAAUUACAACAAUCGAAAAAGAAGGUGAAGAGCCCAUCACAACAGUUACGGUUUCCCCAGCGCCAGAGGAAGAUCAAACGACGCCGAUAGAGACCGUUGAGUUGCCAGAAGAGAUAGCAGAAGAAACUGACACUACACCAGAAGGUAAGAUAGUUACGAAGAAAACUACAAAGAGAAUCAUUAAGCGUAAAAAGGGACCACUAACAGAAACUACACAAAUCACCACCGAACAAGUAGACGGUGAAACACCUAUUAUUUCAGUACACACCACACAAGAAUUACAUGAUGACACCACAACACCUAUAUUGGAUACACAUACACUUGAAUCUGCUAGGGUCGUACAGGAAACUCCCGAAAAGGUAGAGGUCACUCAAGUACGCACUGAUACCGGCGAAGUCAAAAAGGUCAAAACUACUAAGCGCGUUAUCAAAACGGGACCAAAAGAACCAGUUACCGAAAUUACAACAAUCGAAAAGGAAGGUGAAGAGCCCAUCACAACAGUUACGGUUUCUCCAGCGCCAGAGGAAGAUCGAACGGCACCGAUAGAGACCGUUGAGAUGCCAGAAGAGAUAGCAGAAGAAACUGAAACUACUCCAGAAGGUAAGACAGUUACAAAGAAAACUACAAAGAGAAUCAUUAAGCGUAAAAAGGGACCUCUUACAGAUACCACACAAAUCACCACAGAACAAGUAGACGAUAGCACACCUAUCAUAUCAGUACACACUACACAAGAAUACACAGAUGACACCACAAAACCACUAUUCGAUACACACAUACUUGAAACUGCUAGGGUCGUAGAGGAAGCUCCCGAAAAUGUCGAGGUCACUCAAGUACGCACAGAUACCGGGGAAGUCAAAAAGGUCAAAACCACAAAGCGCGUCAUUAAAAAGGGACCUAAAGAACCGGUGACCGAAAUAACAACAAUCGAAAAGGAAGGUGAAGAGCCCAUCACAACAGUUACGGUUUCCCCAGCGCCAGAGGGUGAUCAAACGACACCGAUAGAGACCGUUGAGCUGCCAGAAGAGAUAGCAGAAGAAACUGAAACUACACCAGAAGGUAAGACAGUUACAAAGAAAACGACAAAGAGAAUCAUUAAGCGUAAAAAGGGACCGCUUACAGAAACUACACAAAUCACCACAGAACAAGUAGACGAUGAAACACCUAUUAUUUCAGUACACACCACACAAGAAUUACAUGAUGACAUCACAACACCUAUAUUGGAUACACACACACUUGAAUCUGCUAGGGUCGUAGAGGAAAGUCCCGAAAAGGUAGAGGUUACUCAAGUACGAACUAACACCGGUGAAGUUAAGAAGGUCAAAACUACUAAGCGAGUAAUCAAAAAGGGACCUAAAGAACCGGUGACUGAAAUUACAACAAUCGAAAAAGAAGGUGAAGAGCCCAUCACAACAGUUACGGUUUCCCCAGCACCUGAGGAAGAUCAAACGACACCGAUAGAGACCAUUGAGCUGCCAGAAGAGAUAGCAGAAGAAACUGACACUACACCAGAAGGUAAGACAGUUACAAAGAAAACUACAAAGAGAACCAUUAAGCGUAAAAAGGGACCACUAACAGAAACUACACAAAUCACCACAGAACAAGUAGACGAUGAAACACCUAUCAUUUCAGUACACACCACACAAGAAUUACAUGAUGACACCACAAAACCUUUACUGGACACACACACACUUGAAAUUGCUAGAGUCGUAGAGGAAACUCCCGAAAAGGUUGAGGUCACUCAAGUACGAACUGAUACCGGCGAUGUCAAAAAGGUCAAAACCACAAAGCGCGUCAUUAAAAAGGGACCUAAAGAACCGGUGACCGAAAUAACAACAAUCGAAAAGGAAGGUGAAGAGCCCAUCACAACAGUUAUGGUUUCCCCAGCGCCAGAGGAUGAUCAAACGACACCGAUAGAGACCGUUGAGCUGCCAGAAGAGAUAGCAGAAGAAACUGAAACUACACCAGAAGGUAAGACAGUUACAAAGAAAACUACAAAGAGAAUCAUUAAGCGUAAAAAGGGACCUCUUACAGAUACCACACAAAUCACCACAGAACAAGUAGACGAUAGCACACCUAUCAUAUCAGUACACACUACACAAGAAUACACAGAUGACACCACAAAACCACUAUUCGAUACACACAUACUUGAAACUGCUAGGGUCGUAGAGGAAGCUCCCGAAAAGGUCGAGGUCACUCAAGUACGAACUGAUACCGGCGAAGUCAAAAAGGUCAAAACCACAAAGCGCGUCAUUAAAAAGGGACCUAAAGAACCGGUGACUGAAAUAACAACAAUCGAAAAGGAAGGUGAAGAGCCCAUCACAACAGUUUCGGUUUCCCCGGCGCCAGAGGAUGAUCAAACGACACCGAUAGAGACCGUUGAGCUGCCAGAAGAGAUAGCAGAAGAAACUGAAACUACACCAGAAGGUAAGACAGUUACAAAGAAAACUACAAAGAGAAUUAUUAAGCGUAAAAAGGGACCUCUUACAGAUACCACACAAAUCACCACAGAACAAGUAGACGAUAGCACACCUAUCAUAUCAGUACACACUACACAAGAAUACACAGAACAAGUAAACGAUAGCACACCUAUCAUAUCAGUACACACUACACAAGAAUACACAGAUGACACCACAAAACCACUAUUCGAUACACACAUACUUGAAACUGCUAGGGUCGUAGAGGAAGCUCCCGAAAAUGUCGAGGUCACUCAAGUACGCACAGAUACCGGGGAAGUCAAAAAGGUCAAAACCACAAAGCGCGUCAUUAAAAAGGGACCUAAAGAACCGGUGACCGAAAUAACAACAAUCGAAAAGGAAGGUGAAGAGCCCAUCACAACAGUUACGGUUUCCCCAGCGCCAGAGGAUGAUCAAACGACACCGAUAGAGACCGUUGAGCUGCCAGAAGAGAUAGCAGAAGAAACUGAAACUACACCAGAAGGUAAGACAGUUACAAAGAAAACUACAAAGAGAAUCAUUAAGCGUAAAAAGGGACCUCUUACAGAUACCACACAAAUCACCACAGAACAAGUAGACGAUAGCACACCUAUCAUAUCAGUACACACUACACCAGAAUACACAGAUGACACCACAAAACCACUAUUCGAUACACACAUACUUGAAACUGCUAGGGUCGUAGAGGAAGCUCCCGAAAAGGUCGAGGUCACUCAAGUACGAACUGAUACCGGCGAAGUCAAAAAAGUCAAAACCACAAAGCGCGUCAUUAAAAAGGGACCUAAAGAACCGGUGACUGAAAUAACAACAAUUGAAAAGGAAGGUGAAGAGCCCAUCACAACAGUUACGGUUUCCCCAGCGCCAGAGGAUGAUCAAACGACACCGAUAGAGACCGUUGAGCUGCCAGAAGAGAUAGCAGAAGAAACUGAAACUACACCAGAAGGUAAGACAGUUACAACGAAAACUACAAAGAGAAUCAUUAAGCGUAAAAAGGGACCUCUUACAGAUACCACACAAAUCACCACAGAACAAGUAGACGAUAGCACACCUAUCAUAUCAGUACACACUACACAAGAAUACACAGAUGACACCACAAAACCACUAUUCGAUACACACAUACUUGAAACUGCUAGGGUCGUAGAGGAAGCUCCCGAAAAGGUCGAGGUCACUCAAGUACGAACUGAUACCGGCGAAGUCAAAAAAGUCAAAACCACAAAGCGCGUCAUUAAAAAGGGACCUAAAGAACCGGUGACUGAAAUAACAACAAUCGAAAAGGAAGGUGAAGAGCCCAUCACAACAGUUACGGUUUCCCCGGCGCCAGAGGAUAAUCAAACGACACCGAUAGAGACCGUUGAGCUGCCAGAAGAGAUAGCAGAAGAAACUGAAACUGCACCAGAAGGUAAGACAGUUACAAAGAAAACUACAAAGAGAAUCAUUAAGCGUAAAAAGGGACCUCUUACAGAUACCACACAAAUCACCACAGAACAAGUAGACGAUAGCACACCUAUCAUAACAGUACACACUACACAAGAAUACACAGAACAAGUAAACGAUAGCACACCUAUUAUAUCAGUACACACUACACAAGAAUAUACAGAUGACACCACAACACCACUAAUAGACACACACACACUUAAAACUGCUAGGGUCGUGGAGGAAACUCCCGAAAAGGUAGAGGCUACUCCAGUACGAACUGAUACCGGCGGAGUUAAAAAGGUCAAAACUACUAAGGGCGUCAUUAAGAAGGGAUCUAAAGAACCGGUGACUGAAAUAACAACAAUCGAAAAGGAAGGCGAAGAACCCAUCACCACAGUAACGGUUGCCUCAGCGCCGGAGGAACAACAACCAACUCCCGCUGAGAUCUUUGAACUGCCGGAGAAAAUAUCGGAAGAAACUGAAACUACCCCCGCAGGUAAGACAGUGACAAAGAAAACCACACAUAAAAUCAUCAAGUGUAAGAAGGGACCUCUUCCAGAUACCACACAAAUCAUCACAGAACAAGUAGACGAUAACACACCCAUCAUAUCAGUACACUCUACACAAGAAUACACAGAUGACAAAACAACACCACUUGUUGACACACAUACAAUAGAGACCGCUAGGGUCGUAGACGAAGUUCUCGAAAAGAUCGAAAUCAAUGAAGUUCGACCUGAAACUAGCGAAGUUAAAAAACGCAAACCAGCCAGGCGCGUCAUCAAAAAGGGAACGAAAGAACCGUUGGCUGAAAUCACAGCAACCGAAAAGGAAAGUGAAGAACCUAUCACCGCCUUUAAUGUGUCCCAAGAGCUAGAAGAGGAGCAACCAACACACACUAAAACCACCAAACUGCCCGAGACGAUUUCGGAAGAAAUUGAAACGAUACUAGAAGUAUGA